AUGGCCCUGGAAGAGGACACCAUAGAGAUAGCCGCCCUGGGCCGCCCCUUCCAGCUGGGGACAUUGUACGACUGCCGCAAGGAUGCGCUCAUCCCAGGCGUCACCCUUUGGGACUACAGCUCUCUUCAGAAGGACCUGACCAUCAAGCCUCAGCCCAAGACAGCCACUGAAAUCAUUGCAUCUGACAGCAUUGAUGAUAAGGCCUCUGCCCUGGACAUCUCAGAACCCAUUAAGGCCAGUUUCCUCGGGGGGCUGAUUGAUGUGAGAGGGUCAGCUGAAUAUCUUCAGGACACCAAGAAGUCCAAGCAACAGGCCAGAGUCACCCUUCAGUACAAAACCACCACCAAGUACGAACAGCUGACAAUGAGCCAGCUAGGAAUCCAGAAUGUCUCUUACCCAGCUGUCUUUGAGCAGGGCACAGCCACCCAUGUGGUCACCGCCAUCCUCUAUGGAGCCCAGGCCUUUUUUGUCUUUGACCGAGAAGUUUCUUCAAUGGAGACGGUGAAAUAUAUUCAAGAAAGUCUCCAGGUUACAAUCAAGAAGGAAAUAUCAAUCACAGGACAAGCAGAUAUGAAGCUAAAUGAGGAGGAGAAAGAGAAUGUUCUCAAGUUCAAUUGCAAGUUCCAUGGAGACUUUUCUUUGGACAAAAAUCCAGUGACUUUCCAAGAUGCCAUGCAGAUUUACACAACUCUACCAAAAAUGUUAGGGAAAGAUGGAGAGAAGGCUGUUCCAGUGCGGGUCUGGCUCUACCCACUGAGCAAGCUGGACCGCAGAGCAGCUAAGAUGGUCCGUGAGAUCAACGUUGUGUGGAUCUGUGAUGCUGAAAAGAUCUUGGAGGAUCUCAAUGACAUUGAGAUGCAAAGCAAUGAUCUAGCCAACAAUCCCAUUGCUGAGAUCUUCCCUGAGAUCCAGAGGAAGAUCCAGCAUUUCAAGAAUCUGUUAAAGCAACACAGGUGGACUUUCCAGAAACAGCUGGGAAGAGUGUUGCCUUCCAUUCGGGGAGGAGGACAGGAGGAAGGUACUCUAAUAAACAUCAUGAGGUCUGUCACCCAGUCACCUUUCAAUAGCCAACGGCUGCAUGAAUUUCUGGACUCCAAGAAUAGAGAAAUGAACUUGGUCAACUCUUGUCUGACUAUUCUAAAUAAUAUAGAAGUGAUCUCAUCUCAGAACAAGCUGGAAAAAAUAGUUCUUGACCCCCAGAAUGAAUAUGUGGUCUCCUUUGUAUUCACUUCUUUACAUGAAGAGGAGCCAUUUCUCUUGAGUUUACAGGAUUGGCUUCAGGACCAAUUCUCACAAGAAUCGACUAAGUCCACAAAGUCCACUCCCAAGGUCAAGAAAGGCCUGGCCUGGUUUGAGGACAAGGAGAGGAUUCGCAAUGCUCGCCAAGUUGCCAAAUCCAUCAGAGACUUUUUCAGUAUCAAUCAACCAAAUGAGAAGGUUUGCUUUAUUGUGGCCUCACUCCCAGAUGUGGACACCCCAGGAGCCUCCACUUAUCUUUAUGAAGAUGGAGAACUGGUCAGCAAGAACUUUGAAUUGCCCUCAAAACCUCUCCCUUUCCUGGUCAGUGAACUGAGACAUGACAGCAUUCAGCUGAAGUUUCAGCCAGGUGAAUAUGGGAGGACUGCAAUCUCCAGCUAUCUGGUAGAGUACAAGGUUGCAGGGGAAGAAAAAUGGAAGACUAUGAGGACAGAGGACACCGGGGAGAUGUUCCUGCUGAAAGAUCUGUCUCCAAACACAGCCUACCUAUUCCGGUAUGCUGCUUGUUGCAAAGUAGGCCGUAGUAAAUCCAGUGACCUGAGCCCACCCAUAAAGACCCUUCCCACCAGCCCUCCUGAGAAAUUAAGAAUGGUCACUGCAGCAUCUUCUGUCAUCUCUGUGGCCUGGAUGACUCCCAGCAUUGUUGCCUCAGAAGUUGUGGUGAAGGAGUACAAGGUGGAAUACAGAAUGGUGGAGGCCGGAGUUGGGAAGGACCAAUGGACUGAAAAAAGUACUGGGAGAAAAACAGAAUUUUAUUCCAUCAAAGUUCUGAAGCCACAGACGGUGUAUAAAAUACGGGUGUUGGCUGUGUGUGAUAAUGGAGCUUUGGGUGUCCCCAGUGAGGAGGUGGAGAUCUCCACAUCACUGGAGGAAGAAGAUGCAGAAAAUGUAGCUCGCCAGUUCCUUCAGGAAAGUUCCCUGGUGGAGGAAAAACAGCCAUUAGUGUUUGCCCUUCCUCUGGAGAAAGUCUCCUCAGAUGCCUCCACUUCCUGUCUGAUGUACCAGCUUGGGAAUGAGAACCCGGAAGUGCCCAACAAAGUGAUCCUGGUGAUGGGAGCAACAGGGAGUGGGAAAACCACUCUGAUCAACGGGAUGAUCAAUUAUAUCCUGGGUGUCCAGUGGGAAGAUAAUUUCAGAUUCAAACUCAUUCAUGAAACCACCCAGAGAAGUGAAGCUGGAAGCAGGACGUCUGAAGUCACAGCCUACGUGGUGAACCAUCAGAAGGGCUUCCGAAUUCCCUAUUCUCUCACAAUCAUUGACACUCCAGGAUUUGGAGGCCCAAGAGACGCAGAGCAAGACAAACUUGUUGAGAAGAAGCUCCUGGAGUUUUUUUCCACCCCAGGGGGAAUUGACCACGUGGAUGCCAUCUGCUUCGUGGCCCAGGCCUUCCUUACCCAUUCAACUCACGCCCAGAAAUGCAUCUUUGAUUCCAUGCUCUCCAUGUUGGGAAAAGACGUGAAGGAAAAUGUGCACCUCCUGAUCACCUUUUCAGAUGGGGGGACCCCACCUGUCCUGGAGGCCCUCAAGGAGGCUGACCUCCCGUGUGCUCAAGAUGAGUCGGGAACCCCUGUGUACUUCAGAUUCAACCAUUCAGCCCUCUUUGUUCCCCGUGAACAUGGAGGAAGCCACAAUGCUGCUUUUGAAAUGUUCCUGAAAAUGAGCACUGAGAGCAUGAAGAAUUUCUUUGACUUAUUAGAGAUGCUGGAAACCAAAAGUUUAACCAUGACCAUGGAGGUCCUCAAGCAACAUCAGGAGCUGAAAGCUGCUCUUAGAAGUUCUCCUCCUCCUAAGGUUGAGCAAGAGCACCCAAAUAGUUCCCAGAUCAGUAUUGAUCCUGUAGCCAUCAGGAAGCCUUCGGUCUCCAGGUACCAGUUGGAAUAUCGGAUUGCAGAAGAGAAUGGGAAAAGUCUCAAUACUGAAGGCCCUAAGGAUCAAUUCACCCUGGAAGAUGUCAACCCAAAUCUUCAGUACGAAUUCCGAUGUGCAGCUGUGACUCAAGAAGGGCUCGGUCAAUGGAGUGAGGCGAUCACUUGCAUCCGUCCCACAGGGAGGCCUGCUGAGGUAACUUGA